CAAUGAAGACAGGAUGAAGAAGCCUGGAACUCCAGGGACCCCAGGCUCCAGCGACCUGGAGACUGCCCUGCGCAGGCUGUCCCUCCGCAGGGAGAAUUACCUCUCGGAGAGAAAGUUCUUUGAAGAGGAGCAGGAAAGGAAGCUGCGGGAGCUGGCAGAGAAGGGGGAACUCCACAGUGGUUCCGUGACCCCCACAGAGAGCAUCAUGUCCCUGGGAACUCACUCCAGGUUUUCAGAAUUCACUGGAUAUUCGGGGAUGUCUAUCAGCGGCCGCUCCUACCUGCCAGAAAAGCUUCAGAUUGUGAAACCACUAGAAGGUUCUGCCACUUUGCACCACUGGCAGCAGCUGGCUCAGCCUCACCUGGGUGGGAUCCUGGACCCGAGGCCCGGGGUUGUCACUAAGGGCUUCAGGACCCUGGACCUGGACCUGGAUGAAGUGUACUGCCUUAAUGACUAUGAGGAAGAUGAGACAGGUGACAUUUCUUACAAGGGCCUAACUACCUCGACGCCAGUUCAGCACACAGAGACCUCAGGUGAGAGGUCCCAAGCACAAGUGACUGUUUCAGACAGCAAGAAUAACCCCCGCCCAUCUCAGGCUAUCCCAGAGGAGAUGCAGGAGUCCGCGACGGACGAUGAUGAGGGGUCUGUACCUCAUCCUGGGAAGUGCAUGUCACAAACCAACUCCACCUUCACCUUCACCACCUGCCGCAUUCUGCACCCUUCCGAUGAGCUCACUCGAGUCACGCCAAGCCUUAACGCAGCACCUACUCCAGCUUGUGGCAGCCUUGGCAACCUGAAGGGCACCCCGGUGGCUACCCCCUGCACCCCUCGGCGCCUGAGCCUGGCCGAGUCCUUCACCAACCUCCGGGAAUCCACCACCACCAUGAGCACCUCGCUGGGGCUGGUGUGGCUGCUGAAGGAAAGGGGCAUCUCGGCGGCGGUGUACAACCCGCAGAGCUGGGACAGAGCUGGCAGAGGGCCCCUGCUGAGCACGUACCCCCCGAAAAUGGCCAUCAUCCCUUCCACCCCCCCCAACUCCCCUCUGCAGACGCCCUCUUCGUCCCCUCCAUCCUUCGAGUUCAAGUGCACCAGCCCACCUUACGACAACUUCUUGGCUUCGAAGCCUGCCAGCUCCAUCUUGAAGGAGGUGAGGAACAAAAAGAACAUCAGGAACAGUGAGAGCCAGACCGACGUGUCCGUUUCCAACCUCAACCUCGUGGACAAAGUCAAGAGGUUUGGGAUCGCCAAAGUUGUGAGCUCGGGGCAAACGUCGGCUCCUCCUUUGACUGAGGAGCAGGGACCUCUUCUCUGCGGGGCCCAGGGGCCGGUGAGGGCCCUCGUUGCUGGAGGGCUGGCCCCAGAGGCUCUCCCGUUGGGCUGCCCCGCCGUGACCAGCGCCAUGGGGGGCGUGCAGCUGAACGCUGGCAUCCGCAGGAACCGCAGCUUCCCCACCAUGGUGGGCUCCAGCAUGCAGAUGAAAGGCCCCACGUCUCUCCCCUCGGGGAUCCUCAUGGGAACCAAGCUCCCGAAGCAAACGAGCUUACGAUGA